GUUACACAUUUCUAAAACGAGUAGGCUAAUCUUUUGUAGUCAAGAACGAAUUGUAUUCUCCCACGUUUCAUUGACAUUUCUCGUCAAGCACAGAGCAGAAAAUAGCAAAAAUGCCGGCACAAAAGCCCCCCGAGUUCAAGUUUCCCAUGCAUGAUUUGCACUUGAAGCAAUCGAUUGGCAACUUGAAAAUGGCUUGCACUCUGGCCCUGAUAGCCCCAUUGCUACUUUACACUCUUCACAACAAUCCACGCAAGAGGAAGUAUAGGACCUUCUACUCCAAGUACGAUCCUUUGGAUGCAUUCGACCGUAUGAUGAGUGGAGGAUAUCUCUCCUCGUGUCCCCCGGGAAGUGGUCCCAAAAAGGAUGACAAAAAGGACAAAAAGAAGAAAUAGAUCACAAAGAUGGAGAACUCAACCAAUACUCUACAUAAACUACCACACAAUUGAAUCAAAUUCGGACACAUAUCUGCAUUCUAACAAAUUACUCAUUGACUAUACAAUUUUAACUAAAUGACAUGGAACAGGGAGCCCCCUUACAACACUUACCAGAACUUGUGACCUAAUAUUCAAAAUCAAAAAGUUUGUUUCCUGACGAGACGCCGCUUCUUGGACAUCCUAAAUUCGAAAUUCGGUCCUUAAAUGGAAAUCAAAGUUCGAAAGAAAUAACGCCUCUUUCAAUUAUGUAUAUCAGCUAACACGUAUCUAAAAUAAAACGGAGCAUUGCAAACUA